AAGUGCUGCCCAGCAGAUUACAUUGCAUGCCUAUAAUUUCCAGCCAACGGAGGAAGGAGAAAACCAUGGGGAAAGGUAGCAGCGUCGAUGGUUUCAAAUUGGUUGGAUUUUCCAAGUUCGUCCGAACCAAUCCCAAAUCUGACAAAUUCAAAGUGAAGAAGUUCCACCAUGUGGAGUUCUGGUGCAGUGAUGCUACCAACACUGCCCGCCGCUUCUCUUGGGGGCUCGGUAUGCAGAUGGUGGCCAAAUCCGACCUCUCCACCGGAACAAUGACGCAUGCCUCGUAUCUCAUCUCAUCUGUAGAUCUCAACUUCCUCUUCACUGCACCCUCUUCGCCCACUAUUGCUGAAGCAGAGAAAUUUUCUCAUAAGAAAACUGCUUGCAUCCCCACCUUUGACCAUGCCGCUUGCCGGCUUUCACCGCCUCACAUGGCCUUAACGUCCGAGCACUCGCAAUUGAGGUCGACGACGCCGAGGUUGCCUUCGCCACCAGCAUUGCCCACAGCGCAAAGCCAUCUUCCUCCCCCACGGUGCUCGGCAAUCACUGAGGAGAAUUUGUCAUUCCCACUGGAUUACGGUAUCUGGCAGCUCGAUCAUGCCGUGGGGAACGUACUGGCAUUGGGUCCAGCAGUGUCCUAUUUGAUAGCUUUUACUGGGUUUCACGAGUUUGCUGAGUUCACUGCCGAAGAUGUUGGAACAAGCGAGAGUGGAGUCAACACGGUGGCGCUAGCCAACAACGAUGAGAUGGUCUUACUGUCCCUGAACGAGCCGGUCUUCGGGACCAAAGGAAGAGCACGGACUCUCAAAGAAAUGAGGAAGAGAAGUUGGGUUGGAGGUUUCGAGCUCAUGCAAUCACCACCGCCUACGUAUUACAAUAAUUUGAAGAAUAGACCUGGGGAUGUGUUGAAUGAUAAGCUGAUUAAGCAGUGUGAGGAAUUGGGAAUUUCGGUUGACAGGGAUGAUCAGGGGACUCUGCUUCAGAUUUUCACUAAGCCUGUGGGAGAUAGGAGUCUAGCACUCAAUGACAUUGUUGAAAUGGAAUGGUUCUCUAAUCAUGUUAAAGACUUGAAAAUGAACAAUUUGAAAUCUUGGCCAACUAUCUUUUUAGAGAUAAUUCAGAGAAUUGGGUGCAUGGUCAAGGAUGAGGAAGGAAAGGUGUACCAGAAGGGUGGAUGUGGAGGGUUUGGAAAAGGCAACUUUUCAGAGCUCUUCAAGUCCAUUGGGAAAUAUGAGAAGACGCUUGAAGCCAGGCGAACUGCAUAAACUGCCAACGCAUGAGAGAAUCAUUUGCUUUCUUGCUCUUCUGCCGUACAACAUACUUUAAUAAGGUACUCAAUGAAUCUGAGUUUGGUCU